AUGAAACGGGAUGGAGGACGGGAGCACAUGGCCUGCCUGCAGCGCCAGCUCGGGGAGCUGGAUGCGCUCGACGCCAUGUAUCCGGACAGCCUCCAGGUGGACGGCGACGUGGCGCUGUGGAGGAGCUGCCUGGACCGGGCGACCGAGGAGCGGGACAGCAGCGGCGCACCCCGGGACCCUCCAGUGGACCUCCCUGCUGUGUCCGGCACCCUGUCGCUCCCGGGCCCACCCGAGGGCCUGUCCCUGGCCUUCACGCUGCCGCGCGACUACCCGGGACCCGACAGCGCGCCUCCGCGGGUGCGUGCGACGUGCGUGUCGCUGCCGUCCAAGAGCGCGCACGCCACGCUCGCUGCCGCCGCGGCCGAAGCCAUCGACGAGUGCGGGCCGGACGUCGAGUGCCUCGUUGCGGUCGCGGAGGCCGUGCUCUCUGCAGCACGGGCCCUGCCAGCGGAGGACGUCGCGGGGCAUUAUGGAACCAGCAACAGCACACCCCCCAGAGCGAGUUCCGGGUCUCCGCAGCUAGGACGUCGCGUGAUAUGGUUCCACCACAUCAAGAGCCCGACGAAGAAGAAGCUGAUCAAGGACUGGGGGCGGGAGCUGGGUCUGUCUGGAGUCAUGAAGCCCGGGUACCCCGGGGUACUGUUGCUGGAGGGCCGCGAGGACGACGUGGCGGAGAUGGUGCGUCGCCUGCGCAGCCUGACGUGGAAGGCCAUGCAGGUGCGGUGCGAGGAGACCGAGGACGUGCCGGGGCAGCAGGGGGGGAGUGUUGACGUCAGCGGACUCAGGAAGCUGCCUGGGCCUCCGCUGGUCGCCCUGGGCGAGGACGGCAUGAGCGAGCUGUCGGCGAUUUGCACGGAAGGGCAGCUGCAGGAGAUGUUUCUGUCAGCCAUGAAGCUGGACGCGGCCAGCGCUGGGCGCGGGGGGCGGUGA